AGCAGCAGGAACAUCUGAUACUUUUCUGUAUUAAACCUAUGGACUUUCAGACUUGUUUAUUACUUACUAAAAAUGAUGCCUGAUGCUGAUUUUCCUUAAAAUUUCAGUGGGAUUAUUCAUGAAGAUGGAAGUAUUUAUAAGUACCUGAACUACUGGAAAAGCACUCCCUUUAGUGUGAGCAGGGUCAGACUUCUCUGAAACAAAGAUUAAAUACUGUAGGAUUAAAAACAGCUAUUUGGCUCUUUGGCAGAUCAGCUUACCACUUUCUUAAUGUCAAGAUGGUAUCUACAUUUUUGUAAGUGUUUAUCUUUUACUUAGUGUACUUCCUGAUGCAGUAAAAUUACUAAGCAAAAUAUUCACUAUGUAAUUUACAGCCCUAACUUUUUAAUGAACUUCUAAUGAAAAGAAUGUGUUCACUGAAAUCUAAGAGGAUUUCAGUCAAAUGUUUUUCCAGAUGGAAUGUGACUUUCUUGAAGAUAAUAAAAAGUGAAAUAUAUAUGCUACAAAUUUCAAGAGCACUAUCUGGAUUAGCAUGAAAUGCAUCUGAAAAAUUGCAUGGAGCCGGACAUAAUUCCCAAUAAGAACAGACCGGUCCUUCGACUUAUUUGGAGUGUGUGUUCCAGAAAGGAGCCUUGCAGUUGGAGAAGGCAGUCCAGCCAGAGUGGGUUCAUCCUCGCUCCUCGGGAAGCCUCUGUCCUGGCAGAAGGCAGUGCUUAUCUUGUGCAUUUGACAGAGAAGAGAUGGAUAUCCCCUGGCCCCCGGGAUCUCCUCUGGUUUCAGCAACCCAGAUACAUCAAAUUGAAGCAGGAAAUGACGGCAUCGAUGGAGAACCUGAGGUUGCUCAGCCCAACCCGAAGGCAAGGAUUGUUAUUGACAAGUCUGUGUGCUUACAGUCUCCAGAAGAGUUGGGAGUGGCAAAACAGGUUUAGUUUUGAAAGAACAAGUCACAUCCUUUUGGCAGGACAAGACAGAGGAAAGCAGUUACGCCUGUACUUCAAUGAAAAUCUUCAUGUGCUUCAAGUUGCUGGUAGGAUGCUUCCCUUGCUUCACAUCAAAGAUGUGUCCGAGUGCUUCUUUACACCUAAACUAAAACAGGGUGAAAAUGUCUUUUUCAGGUCAAAAAGACAUGCCCCUAGGCCUGUGGGACGCCGAAGAGAGCAGAGGAAACGUAUCUUCCCUGACCCGCUCAGGGUGUUCCCAGAGCUGCCAGUAGCAGUGACAGCACUGGGUGCAAGAGCAGUGAUAACAAUAAAUCCCACUACCAGUGAUGGAAGUGAUAGCACUUCCAAGACAAGUCUGAUAGCAACAAUAAGGAAGAUGAUGCCAAAGAGUGUGAUGGACACUCUGAGAGCAAGAAUGCAGAAGACGGUGCUGGGGAUACAGAGAAGAAAAGUCUUGGGGUCAAGAAUUACAAGAGUGAUGAAAGAGCAGCAGAGAGGCAGGUUGGAGUACAGAAGGAAACAGCGACAGUGUGAAGGUUUAUCUCCCCGUUUAAGCAGCCCUGCACUGUAGGUGCUCACUGAUGUUUUACCAUUGGCUUUGGAUCCGAGCGGGGUCCGAGGAGCGUGUGCUGUUCAGUGGCCUGGUCUCCUGAGCAUUGCAGGCAGCCUGGGGUGAGGGAGGCAUCUUUUGCGGCCCUUUGCCCCAACAACGAGCAAACUGGAGGUGGCGACUGCUGCAUGAUCUGAUACGACUGUAGUAAAUGACCUUCUGAAAGUGUCCGGGGCUAACUGGCUGUGUUAUAAAAAGGGUGGGUACAUAGUGUAUUUUCAGAUGGGCAAAACUCGGUGUUUAUCCCUUUCUCGAACAGCGACAUUUUGACAAAGGCAACAUCAGGUCUUUGGAGGCUGAGUUAAAUGCAGGUUCAAUUUAAAAAAAAAAACAUCGUAAUUGUUUAAGGCACCUAAAAAAGGGUUUGUAACGUGAACUCAUAUCUGGCAGAGGACAGGGGUAUAAUUUUGUCUCAGGUUGAGAGGAAAAUACAUCCCACGGUAUCUACAGCAAUAGACAGAUAAGAAAGAGGAGGGAAAGUAACCGCCGAAGACAGGCGCUUGACAGCAAAUGGUUUGAUCGAGUGCUUGUUGAACCCCUGGGGAGUCGUUCUGCCCACUGCCAUGGGCGUGAGGAAGACCUGUGGAAUAGCAAGGAAAGGCAUGGGUGCCACCCAGGGUGAGGGUAGGGGGACAGAGGAAGGAGAAGAGGAAAGAAAGAGAGAAAGCAGAAGACAGCAAGGAAAAAAUGAGGUAGAAUGAAGGCAAUGAACCAAUGGAUCAAAAAGUGGGUACAGGAUGGCUAUGAAAAGAUUAAAAAAAAUAAAUAAAUAAGGAUUCAAUGCAUUGUAUGUGAGAGACCAGAAUUAAAGAAAAUAUGCUUAACGAUAACAGGGGAAGCAGCAAGAUGCAAGGGUUUUUGUAUAUAAGAACUGAUAGGAGCAGGCAGUAAUAUUCAUCAGCAGAAUGCGUCUAACCUGUUUGUGGUGCUCUGUACUUCAGCGUGCCUAAUGUUUGUUAAUGAUUGAUCCUCAUGUGGCCCUUGUUAGGUAGGUAAACAGUGUCACCUCGCUAUUAAUAAUAGGGGAAAGAAGCAGAAGGUUUUGAAGAAUGAAACUAAAUUAAACAAAUGUCCCUAACACCAGCAUGAUGUCAAGUGUCUUGUUUUCCAGGCGGCUUUACAGAGCCUUUGUGUUGCAGCAAAGGGGAUGCUUUAUGGAAGCGGUGGUCCUUAGGGCACUCAACCCCUUGGAGCAUGGAGGCCAGAGAUACUGCUAAAAUCCGAA